UGACGCGGCAGGGGCGGGGCUGGCCCGUCGUUCCCGGGGAGGGCGCUGGGGGGCCUGACCCCGCCGCGUUCCCUCCGACGGCCGGGGGAGCCCUGGGCUGCCUCGGCGGGCCCGUGUCACAACGAGCUGCGCUGCCUGCGCCCGCUCGCAGGGCCCUCCUGGCGCCGUCCAGCCAGCGGCGCGACGGGGGGAGAGGCGCUCAGCGGGGCGUUUGCGGCUGGCGGGGAGAGGGGCUGCUCGGCCGCCUGGCCUGGGCUGCGGGGGCCUCGCCCGGAGCCUGCCCGGGGUCCGCUGAAGCUCCAGCGCUCCUCGAGCCGUCCCGGCCCUCUGGCGAAGUAUUGCAGGGAAAGAAAACAUGGCAACCGAUGCUGUUGGAAAGAAAGAAGUCACAAGAGAUCUAGAUCAUUGUGAUAUCCCAUACUAUGUUUCUGAAUUUGUGGAAAGAGAGGUUGGAACUGACUAUGAUUCUCUGAGGAAGCUUGAUGACCUUAUUGAUAAGCUAUCUGAAAAUAAAAAGCAGUUAGAAGAACAGGUGCUUACAGUUUCAUCAGAAGUCCCUAAGAGAAUUCAAAAUGCCUUAAAGAAUGCAGAAGAUUCUAAAAAGUCUCUGAAUCAGCUUCUCGAGGAAGAAGCUCUUCUGUCCGAUUCAAUCGAUAGCCACUUACUGAAAGCUCAGCCAUGGAUGGAGGAUCUUGAUGUACUGAUUAGUCAAAUAGAAGAGAUUGAACGACACCUGUGCUAUCUUAAAUGGAUUUCACGAAUAGAAGAGUUAAGUGAUAGCAUUCAGCAAUAUCUGAUGACCAACAAUGUUCCAGAGGCAGCCAGUACUCUGGAAUGCAUGGCAGAACUAGAUAUUAAGCUUAAGGAGUCAUCUUGUUCUCAUCUUCUUGCUUUUGUGAGAUCCACUGUUAAAUUCUGGCAUAAAAUUCUUAAGGACAAAUUGUCGAGUGACUUUGAAGAGGUACUAACCCAGCUCCGCUGGCCGUUUGUGGGGCCGCCUCAGUCUCAGGCGUUUGGCCUUUCUGCACCAGCAAAUGCUCCUGAUGUAUACAAUAAUUUGGAGAUGUUGUUUUGUCAGCUUCUGAAAUUGCAAACCUCAGAUGAACUUUUGACCAAACCUAAACAAUUGCCAGAAAAGUACUCAUUACCCUCAUCGCCACCCAUUAUCCUUCCAAUACAGAUCAUGCUGAAUCCUCUUCAGAAGAGAUUCAAGUAUCAUUUCACUGGCAAUAAACAAACCAAUGUUUUAAACAAGCCUGAGUGGUAUUUAACACAAGUACUUAUGUGGAUUGGAAAUCAUGCAAAGUUUCUUGAUGACAAAAUCCAGCCAAUACUGGACAAAGCAGGAUCUUCAGUGAAUGCUGGGCUUGAAUUCUCUCGUGGCCUAGUAAUGCUGAUUUUAGAGAAGCUGGCUGCUGAUAUUCCAUGCUUGUUGUAUGAUGACACCCUCUUUUGUCACCUUGUGGAUGAGGUGCUUCUAUUUGAGAGAGAGUUGUACGGCGUUCACGGAUAUCUCAGCAGCUUUCCCAGUUGCAUGCAUAUUCUAUCAGAAGAGUCCUGCUUCCAAAGGUGGCUAACGGUGGAAAGAAAAUUUGCUCUUCAGAAAAUGGACUCCAUGCUUUCAUCUGAGGCUGCGUGGAUAUCACAAUACAAAGAUAUCACUGAUGUAGAUGACAUGAAAGUUCCAGACUGUGCUGAAACUUUUAUGACUCUGUUGUUAGUUAUAACAGAAAGGUAUAAGAAUCUUCCAACAGCUUCCAGAAAACUACAGUUCCUGGGCCUACAGAAGGAGUUAGUUGAUGAUUUCAGGAUACGAUUAACUCAAGUAAUGAAGGAAGAGACUAGAGCUCCCUUAGGCUUCCGAUACUGUGCAAUACUUAAUGCUGUUAACUAUAUAGCAACAGUGUUGGCAGACUGGGCUGACAAUGUAUUUUUCCUGCAGCUACAGCAGGCAGAACUGGAGGUUCAUGCAGAAAGUGAUGCUGUCAGUCAGCUACAGCUGGGGCAGCUGGCUUCGAUGGAGAGCUCUGUCUUUGAUGACAUGAUUAACCUCCUGGAACGCCUGAAACAUGACAUGCUGACUCGUCAGGUAGAUCAUGUCUUCAGAGAGGUCAAAGAUGCUGCAAAGCUGUACAAAAAAGAGAGGUGGUUAUCUUUACCAUCUCAAGCAGAGCAAGCAGUAAUGUCUCUGUCAAGCACAGCUUGCCCAAUGUUGUUGACACUACGAGACCGCUUGCUACAACUAGAACAGCAGCUCUGUCUCUCACUGUUCAAAAUUUUCUGGCAAAUACUCGCAGAGAAAGUGGAUAUAUACAUAUAUCAGGAAGUAAUUAUGGCAAAUCAUUUCAAUGAAGGAGGAGCAGCACAGCUCCAGUUUGACAUGAGUAGAAAUCUGUUCCCUUUAUUUUCACACUACUGCAAGAGGCCAGAAAACUACUUCAAGCACAUAAAAGAAGCCUGUAUCAUCCUGAACCUGAAUAUUGGCUCAGCCUUGCUUCUGAAGGAUGUACUACAGUCAGCUUCAGAAAAUGAAACAUUAAACCCAAACCAGCCACCUGCCACAGCAGCACUGAAUGAACUUGGAGUUUAUAAAUUAUCUCAAAAGGAUGUUGAGAUUCUUCUCAAUUUGAGAGCUAGUUGGCCAAAUACAGGAAAAUAAAGACUUUUUCAGAAAUGGUUAAUAACUUUGUCUAGAUUACUUAUUAUUUUGAACAAAUGCAAAGCAAAUAUAGUUACAUACUUGAGUUAUUUUUUUCAAUAGUGUAUGCUGAAUGCCUGGCUUCAUCUAAUCUUAUGCCUUAUAUACAUUUUGAAUAAAAAUGUCAAUAUGCUACUGA